UUGGUUUCUCUUGCAAUGAUAUGUGCUGUCUAUAAUAUAAAUUAUUUCUUAAACUUUUAUAAGAAUUUAAAUAUUGGAUUUAUUAAUGUACAAUUUUUUGUGUUUAAUGAAAAGGUUGCAGGUUCUAUGAAAUUAGAAUUGGCACAGUAUCGUGAAGUAGCUGCUUUUGCCCAGUUUGGUUCUGAUUUGGAUGCAUCCACCCAACAGCUUCUUAAUCGAGGUGUGCGACUUACAGAAUUAUUAAAACAAGGACAGUAUGUCCCCAUGGCCAUUGAAGACCAAGUUGCUGUUAUUUAUACUGGAGUGCGUGGUUAUUUGGAUAAAUUAGAUCCUUCACGUAUCCAGCAAUUUGAAAAGGAUUUCUUGCACCAUAUUAAAAGCAGCCACCAAGACCUGCUUAACACUAUCGCUACAGAAGGGAAAAUUAGUGAUGAAACUGACAGCAGGUUAAAGAAAAUAGUUUCAGAUUUCAUAGCUACCUUCCAAGCUUAAAUUGAAUUUUUUUGAAGAAAGUUGUAUUACUUUAACUUAUCAUUAAAUAGGUGUAUUGUUUAAUCUUCACUCAUAGAAAUGGAAGAAAAAAAUCAGCAAUCAUAUUUAGAAAACAUAAUGUGUUAUCUUUCAGUAUGGUAUCUUCUUGUAAAAAAAUUAAAUAUUGAUCCUUUUUUGUACAAUAAAGAAUUUACCAUUCUUUUA